UUAAUGCGUAGGAUGAACCAUUUGUAUUGUUUAAUCACAUCUUGACUAAAAUAACGCACAUAAAUAUUUGGACAAUUUGGUUAACGCCUGAUUUAUUGAAAUUUAUAACAAACAUAUGCAUAAAACAGCGUGUACAUGAGGAAUUUUAUCAAAAUCAAGGGACGAUGUUCGAAAAUCCCGCACAUAUUAUACGAUCAAUGAUUCCAAAACUAUUAAUUGAUUGAUUUAAUGGAUUAGUCUUUUAAUCAUGUUAAACAGAGUUGCAAACCUUGGCUCGAACUCCCAAAUUCCCCGUGGUAAUACUUUAACUAACGAGCGAAACUCAGAAAAAAAGAAAAGGUCGAUUUUUCGCACGUCUCGUUCAGCAUCGAAAUCGCGUCAAAACAUAUCAUCAUCUGCUGUAUGGAAUAAUCAUAGUAGUAGCAACAUUAGAUAUGAUAAUAGUAAUAAUAAAGACAAUGAAAUUUUUUCAUAUCCAAAGGAUUUAUCCUGGGAACAAAUAAUAACGAAUGAUGGCUUUAAAAAGCAUUUUCUUAAAAUAUUUUGUGAAAAAGUACGUGAAGGAGAUCAUUUUAAAACUAUAAGAAUUAAUGGUUCAACAACGGCAGGAUCAGUUGUUAAAGAGUUAGUUGACACUUAUUAUUUAAAAUAUGGGACACGUGAUGAUUUUUGUUUAUAUGAAAUUAUUGGACAUAUUCAACCAGUUCCAUCCCCUCAUUUAUCAGCUACACCGAUUUGGUCUUUCACUGAACGUAAUACUCGUCAAAUAGAUUUAAAUGAAAAUAUUAUCUCAUUAUUACAAAACACCAUUCCAGGUUACGGAUUAUGCCGGAGAUUAGAACUCAGACCCGUAAACAGUGACUAUAGUACAUCUGGAUCCAUGUUUAUGAAAGGAAGUAGAAGUAUAAAUGGUUCACAGGCUAGUUUACGAGGUUCUGUUUCAACUUCUCAAACUACAUUAAAUUCAUCAAGAUCUUGUACACCUGUAAAUGGAAUUACAAACUUCAAAGAUUCUCGACGAGGUCGCGCAUUUAGAGGACUACAAAUUCCACAUGGACCUUAUUUCCUUUUAUUACGUGGUAAUCAACCAGAUCGUGAUGUUCUUUUGCAUGAUGUUACCAAGUUAAUCAUUGAUAAUGCAAUGCAGUCAUAUAUGACUAUUGGUUAUGGGAAACACGUUGAUAUUCGGCUAUAUCCUACGCCAUCUGAAAUGAAUUCAUCUGAAGGGGAUUGUAUUAUUGCAAAAGUUGUAGGUUAUAAUGUACUGAAUACAUCAAAUAAUUCAUCUAAGGAAAGUUUAGUAUUUCUUGAACCAUGGGAUCAGGGUAUGGAUCCUACUGUUAGUUCUAGUGGUUCAAUGACACCUAAUAGUUCUCAUCGUAUACAAGAUAAUAUUGAAAUUUAUGUUAAUGAUAACUUGGUCAAACCAUCUUGUUCAUUAAAAUUCCAAAGACAACAACUUCUUCCUGGUGAUCUCGUCUUUUUUGGUUCACGUAAACGUGGUUAUGUUUAUUUAUUUAAAGAUCCAAGGUGUAUACCUGACCAUAAAUUAGAACUUUCAUUUACAAAAAAUGAUACUGGUAGUAUUAAUAAUAUGGAAGUAAACAGAAAUGUGAAAAAUAUCAAGACAAAUGUAUCCAAUGAUAAUGAUAUCACUCCGCGUUCAUCAGAACACGACAGUUUGAGUGUUUAUUCAUCCUCUGUACUUGAAGAUAUGAAACAAUACAAAGCAAUUCCAGCAUUAAAUGAAUUGGAAUGGAUAAUUGAGCCAUUGCUAGUUCCAUUGAAAAUUUCUGAUUCAACAUUAUCAACUUCGGUGUCAACUUCUUCUCUGUCAUCAUCCAUUUCACAGAAAUUAAUAAGUUUAGAUGCAUUAGGUUUAUGGGAUAUCGAAACCGAUUCAAUAUUAGAACCAUGGAGAUCAGCAUGUUUGUUAAGUUUAUUGAUUAGAGCUAUUGGAUUGACUAAAUUGCGCAAUGACAAUACUACUGUUACUACUUCAGUCAACACUCAUAAAAAUAUCAAUAAUAUUGUGAAGAAUGGUAUCAAUACUAAAAAUCCAGGAUUUAACACAUUGAGGAAUAAUUCUAUUGAACAUCUUUUUAAACAAAUUACAUCAAUAUUAUCCAAUUAUCAAAAACGGGUCGAAUUGACUGAAUCUGGUCGAAUAGUCUUCCAAUUUUGGCUUAGUUUAUUCUUCUACGACUUGGCUGUCUACCUCACACCCAAUUGGCUUACACAUGACAUUAAAUGUCCUUCAGUUGGUACAGUAGAUGUUAAGGAUAAUACAUCCUCUUUGUUAUCACAAUCGACCACACCUAGUUCAGAAAAUCGUCAUCAGAAUACUUUCAAAUCAGAUUUAUCUUUAAAUCAUUUGUUCGGUGAACUGUUAGCUCCUGAAACGUUGGCAGAAAUCGAAGAAAUUAGAAAGUUAUCGUAUACACUAGCUGACCAAAUAAUUGAUCAAUUAAUUAAAACGACGUGUCAUUCUAUUUCACCGUACAUUUCUGCGUUGUAUCAAUCCUCUCCACAUGAUCCCCCACUUCGUUCACAACCUGACAGAAUUUAUUUGACGUCACCAACUGAAUGGACAUGUAGUCGGUCUGAAUUAUGCAAAUGGUUAGAUCGAUUGGCUUCAUGUUUUGAUGCAGCUUUCUAUCCAUCUGGUGGUACAUCAAUGUCUGUAUUAAAUGAUAAUGAAAAUUUGUCUACUAAUUCUGACUCAGCACAUUCAUUUGUAAGUAAUAAAAGCCAUAAUGGUAUAUUGUUCAAUAACAGAGUAAACAAUCAACAACAACAUCGUCGAACGUAUCAACAAUCAAAUCAAUUAAUACCUAAUUUACAAAAAUAUUCAGAAACUAGUGAUUUGAGUAUGUCAGGUGGUGACUCAGAUAUGGAUAAUGAAUAUUAUUCAGGGUAUAAUAAACCAGUACAAAUGAAAAAUCUCAAUGUCCCAGAUGAUGAAGUAUUCUCAACAGAUUAUUCAAAAAAUAAUUCAAUCCAAUCUAUAGACCAUAGUUUUUCACAUCAUUCAAUAAAUUCAACAAUGAAUCGUAUAGAAGCUAUAUUUUGGCGUCGAUUAUUAGCUAAUAUUUCUUAUGAAAUACUGAAUACUAUACUUUUCACAGGUACUGUUAAAAUUGAUCAGGAAACUGGUACACACUUACUCAAUGGAAUUAAUUGGUUAGAUAGUUGGCUAAGAAUUCAUAGACUGGAUAAACAUAAACGUCCGUUGAAUAUAUUAAUUCAAGUUGCAAAUUUAUUAGCUACACCUAGAAAACAACUUCUAAAGAUGACUUGGAAUGAAAUGCGAGAAGCUUAUUCUUACAUCCCACCUGCUCUGUUACGAUUUUUAUUGGAAGAAUAUGAGGAAGGAUUCGGUGCACAGAAUGCGAACAGUUGGAGUAUUGAUGAAAAAGAUGCAGCAGUGGUAGACGAAGAUCCUACUGACUUAAUCGAAAUAUCAUUAAAAGGAUGGAGAUCUAAAGAGCGGUUACUUCCAGGAAAAACAUAUGCUAAUCAAUCACCUAUUUAUAAACCUGUCGAUCCGUAUGGUUUGUGUAACCAGAGUGCUAUGCAGACCUGUAUUAAUCAAUUAGAUGGAAAAUUAUCUGCUAUUCAAUCACCUGUAAUUCAUUUUCGAUGGCAAGAAUUAAUGCGUGGAUUUCCUCCACCGAGAGUUGUGCCACAGAUUCAUAUAAAUCAUAAUCAUCCAUUUAAUCGAUCAACAAUACGGAAUAAAUUGGCAAUUGCAAAUCGUAAACGAUUACCAAUACGAUCUACUAAUGGCAGAAUGAGUAUAUCACCUUCAGUGAUGAAUCAAAAUACUACUCUUAUAGAAAAUUCAGAAUUCUCACCUUUGCCAAAUAAAACACAAACAAGUCAAUUUGACAAUUCAAUGAAAUCAAUUGAUAAAACUUCUAAAUUUUCUAAUGAUAUGAAACCGAAACCAUCGAGUGGUGAACCAGUAUGGGGUGGUAGUCAUUCUUCAGGGAUGAACAACCCACAAGAUACUAGUAUGGAUAGUAAGCAAAAAGCACUAUACUAUCUCAAAGGAUUGGCUGCUUCAAUUGGUGGCAUAGAUUUGAUUGCUAAUGCUAAUGGUGAUCAAGAUUUUUUGUCAUCUGAGUCGAAAUAUUCGAAUAAUCUUCAAAUGGGAAGUAAAGUUAAUGACUAUCCACAAGAAAAUGUUUACCACAGUCAAGUGUUUAAUCGAAAGGUUACCAGCCCUCAUUGGCAAAAUCAAAUGUUAGAGACUAACAGGACGGAAAUUCCAGUAUCUUCUUGGUAUCAUGAUCCUCGACUUCAAGUUCCGAAUGGAUUAUCACAAAGCCUAGGCGAUUUUAAUAAUGGUUUCAGACCCCCCUCAAAUGCUCCUUCACUGAGUCGUCUAAACAUAGAUCAAUUAAAUGAAACAGCUAAUGAUUGGAAACAAUAUCGAAUGUCGUUACUGGGUCAAGGAUUAGACAAAAUUAGAACUUCAAAAGCAGGAUCUAGAUCAGUUACUCCAAGAUUGAUAUCCAAUCGUAAUGUGAGCAGUAGCAUGUCAAAUUUGCCGAUAAAUCAAUUUAAAAUUCCAGAUAUGAUUAUUCAUGAGGCAGCAGAUAAUAUUUCAGAAGUAGUUAGCGAAUUAGACCGAGGCAGAGAUACAGACUCUGAUGCUAUGAGUUCUGUUAAUUUAUUGGAUAUCAAUCCCGAACGAGAACUUAGUGAUGUAUUAACACGUAGUGGUUUGGGAAAUUCUGUUUCAAAUGUAACACUUUAUAAAGAACCAAACUCUGGUUUCGGUUUAGUGUUAGUUGACGGUGAGCGUACUAGCCUUGAUCAACCAGGUAUAUUCGUCAAAUCUGUUGCUCCCAACAGUGUGGCUGAAAUGAAUGGAACAUUUAGACUAGGCGAUCGUAUUUUAGCAAUAAAUGGACGCGAUCUAACAAGUAUGACGUAUAAAGAUGCUCUAGCUCUCUUACGACAAUGUGUCAGUCAAACAACUUUCACUGUUCUUCGUUGUAAUCUGCCUGACCCAGAAGCUUUGUUGAAACGUAAAGAGAUAUGAACAGAGCAUGUAUGAACAGCUAUCAUAACAAAAGCGACGAAUUCAUAUUUUCCUUUAGACUAUAUAUACAUAUAUGGUUUCUUGGAAUUCAUUUGGAUUUCAUUACAGAUUCUAGUAUUCAGUAUUAUUUUACAAGUUAAUUUCAAUUUUAACAACCGGAUAAAUCCCCAAAAUAUAAGACGUAGGAAAAUUAAAAUGAGAGCAUCAUCUAUACUUUUUUUUUCGUUUUGAUAAAAUAUGUUGAACCAUUCCUUUUUUCAAAAAAAAACAAUUAAACACGCCAAAACUUCCUUCAAAUAUCUAUCUGAACAGAGUACAUCUUAAAGAAAUAAUUUUUCCCUAUUAUUAUUAUUAUUAUUUGAAUUUGGGGUUGAACGACAGUAAUCCAAGUUGAGAGCAUCUUCUUAUUGACUAAUCUUUUUUUUCUUUAUACAAUCUUUUCAUCGUAUAAAAUUUGUUUGAAGUAUGAAAGCCGUUUUUCUUUCCACCUUAAAGAAGAUGAUAUUUCACACAUGGAAGAUCUUCAUAUCUUUACAUUGUCUUUUUUUUUAAUUCUUAUAUUCUAACUGUUUUAUAAAAUCUAAAUAACUAAAGUUUACUGACAUAAAUUAAUAAUUAUGUUAAAGAAAAGCAACAAAUCUACAUAUAAAUUCAUACAUAUAAUCAACAAAUUUAUUUAUACAUAUCGUUUAUGUAUGUUUGAUUUUCUUUCUUUUAUUUAACUUUUAUCUCAUUUCAGAUAAUCGACUUUUUUUUUCUUAAAUGAAUAAUUUUUUUUAGGUAUAUUUUGAUCAGUUUACAAAUUUGUUUUAUAUUUUUUACAUCUUUAUAUACUACUUAAAUAUUUUUUAUUAUUAUAUAUUUUAAAUAAAUUAAAAAUAAAGAGUUCUAUUAAAA